ACGCUGUCGAGGCCGGUGUGUGUGGAAGCUGUGUGAGAGAUGGCGGAACCUGGGAGGAAGCGGGGUCCGAGGUCCCGCGGUGGCGGCGCCGGCCGAGGCUCUCGGGGAGCCCGCGUCGCCCGUGGCCGGCGUCCUCGUGCCCCGCAGGCUCCGUCUCGGCUCAUUCCAGACACAGUGCUAGUGGACUUGGUCAGUGACAGCGACGAGGAGGUCCUGGAAAUCGUCGCGGACCCGGUAGAGGUGCCGCCCGCCCGCCCCCCUGCUCCGGCCGCCCCCGGGCAGGACAACGACAGUGACAGUGAAGGGGCGGGCGAGGGGCCUGCGGGAGCCCCGCGUACUUUGGUCCGACGGCGGCGGCGGCGGCGGCUGCUGGAUCCCGGCGAGGCGCCGGUGGUUCCUGUGUACUCCGGGAAGGUACAGAGCAGCCUCAACCUCAUCCCAGAUAACUCAUCCCUCUUGAAACUUUGCCCCUCAGAGCCUGAAGAUGAGGAAGACAUGACGGAUUCUGGCAGUCCUCCCCCUGAGGACGCCCUGCUUCUAGGUUCUCCCUGGAAGAAGAAGCUGAGGAAUAAGCAUGAGAAAGAAGAGAAGAAAAUGGAGACGUUUGCGGACCAGGGCACUUCUCCUUCGUCCCGACCUUCAUCGAGGAACAAAAACAGAAAGCACACCGAGGCGCUUCAGAAGCUAAGGGAAGUGAACAAGCGCCUCCAGGCCCUCCGCUCCUGCCUGAGCCCCAAGCAGCACCGUACUCCAGCCCUUCAGAAUGUAGAUGACGAGGUGGUCGUGGUGGAGGGGCCUGUCUUGCCACAGAGUCAUCGACUCUUUACACUCAAGAUCCGGUGCCGGGCUGACCUAGUCAGACUGCCUGUCAGCACGUCGGAGCCCCUUCAGAAUGUGGUGGACCACAUGGCCAAUCAUCUUGGGGUAUCCCCAAGCAGGAUUCUUCUGCUCUAUGGAGAGACAGAACUGUCUCCUACUGCCACCCCUAGGACCCUAAAGCUUGGAGUGGCUGACAUCAUUGAUUGUGUGGUGCUAGCAAGUUCUUCAGAGGCCACAGAGACACCCCAGCAGCUCCAGCUCCGGGUGCAGGGGAAGGACAGACACCAGAUGUUGGAGAUCUCACUCUCUCCUGACUCUCCUCUUAAGGUCCUCAUGUCACACUAUGAGGAGGCCAUGGGACUCUCCGGGCGCAAGCUCUCCUUCUUCUUUGAUGGGACAAAACUUUCGGGCAAGGAGCUGCCAGCUGACCUGGGCAUGGAGUCUGGAGAUCUCAUCGAAGUCUGGGGCUAAAGCUUCCUUCCCUGUUCGGAUGCAGAGCCAAGACUUGAGGACAAUAGCUCCCACUUUUACUUUCAUUAUUUUUUGCCCCAUAGGGCUAACAAUGAAUUAGAACUUGUUUAUUUAUUUAUUUUUGGUGUUGGGGAUUGAAUCCUAGACUGUGCACAUGCUAAGGGUGUAUGAAGUUGAGCCAAAACCAAGGCAUGACCUUUGGCCUGUCUUGUUGACCAUAGUCUCAAGCAGUUGACUGUUUGGUAGUUGUGUGGCUG